AUGAAAAAGCGUUCCAACACCAAAGUUAAAGCAGCUCCUGCUGUGGUUAAGGCCACGACGCCUUUGAAGAGAGACGUGAUUGAGAAGGAACAAUCCGAUACGAAGGAGAUGAUAAAAGGAAUAGCUGAUAGUAUUCAACGGAACGAAGAAAAGGUUGAUAUGCUAAUAUCAUCGAGUAGUUCAAGUAAUGGAGUUGCUGCAGCUGUUAAAACUGGUUCCGUAGAAGCUGAGUCAGAAAGCAGUUCGUCUGAUGACGAAUCAUCUCCUGAUGACGAAGCAUCUUCUGAUGAUGAGCCUGCCAAGAAAAAGGCUAAAGAAGAUAGCAAGACUCCUAGAGAGGAGAGCACUAGUGAUGAUUCUUGCGAGGAAUCUGAUGAAAAAGGGAUUGAUACUCGUUUUGGCCCUGUUCGUGGUCUUUUUGUCGGUGGUCGUUUAGGCGGUGGUCGUUGUGGCGGUCAUGGCCAUUGUGGUUACUGUUGA